GUUUUGAAAUCCAGCAAGUGAGUCGCAGACGCAGAGUCGGUGCUUCAAUUCAAUUUCAAACAAAGAGUCCUUUCUCCUUGGAUCUAUUCCGCUCCCGUCAGUACUCUAGACUACCAGAACCGGGGCGAUGAGUUCUCCGAUAGACAUUACCGUUUCCUGCUCGGAGCCUGCCCUCUUGCCUGAAAAGGAGUUCAUGAUUAAGUCUGCCACCAUGACACCCACGGCCCAAUCUCACAGAGACUUUUUACUCAAUACUACACUCGUCGACAGAGACACCCUCUCACCAAACUGCACCUGUAGCCAGCCUGAUGCGAGAUCUGACGAGUGUAAGAAAUGUGUCCCUUCUAGUAAAAGUAGCAGUAGACCUGUGGGUAGGGACUCAUCUCCUGUGUUACCCCUUCUUCCUUCACAGUCCGCACCAAAGAGCCUAACUCUAUCCAGAAAUGUGUCUACUGGGCAUGAGUCUGCCUCAUCCAGUCCCUCCCCAACAGAGGAUCAUCCUCUCCUUUCUGAACAAGUAAAUUCUAUUAAUGCUGAUCUUAGCGAGGAUGCCGUGGACAAGUCCAUACGUUGUGCCUGCCAUGUUAAAGUGAAGGAUACUACAAGCAGAAAGGCUCGUAUUAAACUUGUUGCUGCUUGCGUCAUUGCACUUGCUUUCAUGACUGGAGAAGUUGUUGGUGGAUAUUUCUCUCACAGUCUUGCAAUAAUGACUGAUGCUGCUCACAUGCUGUCUGACUUUGCUAGUUUCUUAAUUAGUUUGUUUUCUAUUUGGAUGGCAACAAGACCUCCUUCCAAACGAAUGUCAUUCGGUUGGCAUAGAGCAGAGGUGAUGGGAGCUGUGAUAUCAGUCCUAAUAAUAUGGUUGAUCACUGGUGUACUGGUAUAUGAAGCUAUAUUAAGAGUGAUACAUUAUGAUAACAACAUUGAUGCUGAUAUUAUGCUAAUAACUGCCUGUGUUGGAGUAUUUGUUAAUGUAUUUAUGUGUAUGGUAUUGCAUCAACAUGAUCAUGGACAUGGUCAUGGACAUGGUCACGGUCACGGUCAUGGACAUGGUCACAGCCACGAUGAUGAAGAAUUAGGAGAAAGGAUUAUCAAGAAAAGAUGGUGGCAUAAGCUAAUGCGUAAUCGUCGUCAUCAUCAGGAAAAUGAAGAAGAGGAAGACUAUUAUGUAUCAAUUAGUAGUCAAAGUAGAAAAAGAAAGAGAGGAAGUGGUAAAAAUAUCAAUGUCCGUGCUGCCUUUAUUCAUGUCAUUGGUGACCUUAUUCAAAGCAUUGGAGUUGUGAUUGCAGGAUACAUCAUUAAGUUUUUUCCUCAGUGGCACAUUGUUGAUCCUAUCUGUACCUUCCUGUUCUCAAUCCUUGUAAUAAUAUCAACAAUAAAUGUACUCAGAGAUGCUAUGCUAGUACUAAUGGAAGGUGCUCCACGUAAUAUUGAUACUGAAGCUGUUGAGAAUGAUCUUAGAGAAUUAGAGAAUGUUGUGCAUGUCCAUAAUAUACACAUGUGGUCUUUGACAGUCAACAAAGCAGCAAUAGCUGCUCAUUUAGCAAUCAAGAAAGGAGCAGAUGUUCAAGCUGUCCUAUCAACUGCUUCCAAAAUGUUAAGGAACAAAUAUGGUUUCUCAAGUACUACACUGCAAGUUGAGAACUUUCAAGAGGAGAUGGAGACCUGUAAACCCUGCCAGCAGCAACAUGGGGGCUAUGAGAGAAGGAACAGUGGAAGGAGAAGGAACAGUGGGAUGUUUUGUAAUGAUCCAGAAAGAGCUAUUAGUCCUACAAGACCUGUGUAAAAUGUACAUACUUAUUUCACUUAAAGCUAUAACUGGUAUUAUUUAUUAGGUGUGACACUAUAUAUUUUGAUCAUGUGUUUCUGUUUUAUUUUGUUUGAAUUCUAAUAAAGAAAUUAUUUUUAA